AUGAUCUUCAUAUGGACAUCAUAUAGCCUGAGACAGUUAAAUUAUAUAACCAACUACCGAGAUGUAUGUCUUGAUCUGAUACUCUCUUCAAUUGAGACAUCUGAAGUUGUGCAUGCGCCUGAUGUACUGUUGGAGGAAGAUAGACACCAUCCUGCUUUGUCUUUUGAAUUUGAAGUGUUGCAGCCUUCCACGACUGAAAGCCAGAAACGGGUGCUUAACUUUCGAAGGUGUGAUGUCGAUGCUGUUUUCAAUGGGCUGCAGGUUCUAAGCUACCCUGCAUCAAGUGAGUUGGCGGAUCCUGAGCGGGCUUUCACAAACUUCAGCGACUACCUGGCCUCUUUAGUUAGGGUCAAUACUCCACUCAAAAGAGUUGGUGGAGCUAGAUUCCCCUCCUGGUUCUCUAAAAAAUUGAAACUGCUGGUUAUCAGGAAGAAACAGUUACAUAAAGUCUACAAGCAUACAAGGGCGCACAUUGAUUAUGAUAAUUUUCGGAGAACUAGAAGGGAGUGCAGAGACCUCACCCACGCGUGCUAUUCAGAAUACAUCGGUAAGGUUGAAAAUGGUAUUCCUAGAGAUAUUAAGUCCUUUUGGUCUCAUGUUGGUAGCCUUAAAAGUUCUCCUAACGUUCCGACACACAUGACUUUAGACAAAAAGGAAGCUACUGAUCCUACUAGCAAGUGUGAUUUGUUUGCUCGGUAUUUUUCUUCAGUAUUUAGUGAUACUACAGUUCCUAUUCCUAGAUUUGAUUAUGGUUGGAACCAAACAUUAUCCAGCUGUUCAAUAACAACCUUGGAUGUCCAACAGACCCUCGAAUCACUGGAUGCCAGGAAGAGUGCUGGGCCGGAUGAUAUACCACCACGAGUUCUAAAACAGUGUGCUCCAAUACUUGCAGUUCAUUUAACAAUUCUCUUCAGGCCUCUACUUGCUUCUGGAGUCUUUCCAUCAAACUUGAAGCAGAGCUAUGUAAUCCCAAUAUUUAAGUCUAGAGAUAGAGGGAACAUAAGAGACUAUAGACCCAUUGUGAUACAGUCUGCUCUCGCUAAGGUGUUUGAAAGUAUCAUCUUGAACAAUAUAUAUUCUCAACUCAAGAGUCGCAUCUGUUUGGAGCAACAUGGCUUCUUGAAGGGCCGCUCUACCACAACCAAUCUACUGAUGUUUCAGGAAUAUAUAAUGUCAGCUUUUGCAAAUUCCUCACAGGUAGAUUGCAUAUAUCUAGAUUUUAGCAAAGCAUUUGAUAAGAUUAAUCACAGUCUACUUAUAUCAAAGCUUGAAGGCUAUGGCAUUUGGGGACCUCUGCUUCGUUGGAUGAGUAGCUAUUUGCGGGAACGUACUCUUAUAGUCAAGUACGAUGGAGGGUUACAUCUCCUCAUGACCAAGAGGAACUCCAACAUUCCCUUGACAGGAUAA